UGCUAUUCGCCCCUAGCACCACCACAUUCUUGCACGAGCCCUGUUCUGCCUCGUCGCCGGCUCUUCUUGUCUCUAUUUCUGCUCUCUGCCUUCAACGCCCGCGACACGCGCUGCACUGGCCCGCGAGCCUACCUCGUUGCACAGGCAACUCCCCUUGGGUUUCCAGCUAUCCCCGCAAUAAUGGCAGCAAACAACAUGAACAAUCUGACUACUCUGAUAAAAAGGCUCGAGGCUGCCACCUCUCGCCUGGAAGACAUUGCCUCGACGUCUGUCGGCCCUGAAACUACCACCGCCAAUGGCUCUGUCUCGUCCGCCGUGCCUCCUGCGCCUCCGAUGCCACCCAGCGGCAGCACAGCUUCCGCCCCAGCCGAGCCAGUGGCUGUCCUACCUCCUUCAGUCGAGGCAUUUGAUGUUCUCCUCAAUACAGAGCUCAAGGCAUGGUUGGAUCUGAGUGCCAAGCUGGGAGGCGUCAUUGACGGACAGGCGAAAGCAGUCAAGCAAGCGUUCGAUGCGCAGCGCGUCUUCCUCCUCGUAGCGACCAAGGCCAAGAAACCAGAUAUGGGGUCUCCGAAAUACAUGGACCUCCUGAAGGAUAUUACACAGGCCAUGACAAAGGUGUCUGAUGUGCGACAGUCCAACAGGGAACCAGCCCUCAAAGAUCCAUUAUCAAUGGUUGCGGAUGGCGUUGACACACUCAGCUGGAUAACCAUAGAGUCGAAGCCCGCGGAUCAUGUCACAGAGCUCUUUGGCGGAGCCCAGAUGUAUGGCAACAAGGUUCUGAAGGAGUAUAAGGAAAAACCAGACCGGACGAAUGUAGAGUGGGUUCAAGCAUACUAUAAGUUGUACAAAUCGCUCGCCGCCUACGUAAAACAAUUCCACCUGACUGGCGUUGCCUGGAACAAAAAUGGCAUCGACGCCAGCGAAGCUCUGAAGCAAGUCAAAUCAUCUCCAGCUGGAGCUGCCACAAAUGGAGCCCCAGCUUCUCCCGCCCCGGCAGGUGCUAUUCCACCACCACCCGGCCCUCCCCCUCCACCAAUGCCCCCAGCACCGAAAGCAAAAGCUGCGGACAUGGGUGCUGUUUUCAGCGCUCUCAACCAGGGAGAAAACGUGACAAAAGGCUUGAAGAAGGUCGACCAGAGCCAGAUGACGCACAAGAACCCAUCAUUGCGGGCUACUGCACCAGUGCCGGAACGCAGUUCCAGCAUCGAUUCAAUUGGACGGAGCAAGAGCCCUGCACCUCCUGGGAAGAAGCCGAAGCCACAAAGCAUGCGCACAAAGAAGCCCUCAAGAAAAGAGCUAGACGGGAACAAAUGGAUAAUCGAGCACUUCGAUGCACCGGGUGACAUCGUCGAAAUCGAUGCCGAAAUCAAUCACUCCAUUCUCAUCUCCGGAUGCAAGAGCACUACUAUUCGUAUUAAUGGCAAAGCAAAUGCCAUUUCUCUCGACAACUCCUCCCGUACUUCGCUGAUCAUCGAUUCCCUCGUCUCUUCUGUCGAUGUGAUCAAGGCCCCCAACUUUGCCCUCCAGGUUCUCGGCGCACUGCCAACAGUUCUUCUCGACCAGGUGGACGGUGCACAGAUUUACUUGUCGAAGGAUAGCCUGGCCACGGAGGUUUUCACCAGCAAAUGCACGAGCAUCAAUAUUAACCUGCCUCCAGAAGAGGAUGGAGGUGAUUAUACCGAGGCGCCAAUUCCAGAGCAGUUCAGGAGUUACAUCAAGAAUGGUCAACUGCUGAGCGAGAUCGUGGAGCAUUCCGGAUAAACCAGCAAGCCUUUCCCAUUUGUUCGGACUAGCAAUCCUGGAGACAACUUUCGGACAGUUAGCAUUGGAUGGAGUUGACUGUUGAGCCAUGCGGAAUUCGCCGGGGUUCUUGGAGCAGGGUGGUAUUUCCCCGUGUAUCACAAGUUUGUAUAGAGCCUUCCGCCCUCCCUUCGUCUUCUCUUCUUUUCAUGAGACAGAUUAGUAUUAGUAAAUUCAAAUCCUUUUUACCUGCUAC